AUGUUGCUCAGAAUGACCGGCCCGUCUUCGGCCUGCUUGCCAGUCUUGCUGCUGGGACUGCUUUCGCCCUGGCUGGCGGGGCGCUGCAUGCCCGCCUUCGCCCAGCAGCAGCACCACCACCACCUCCACCACCUCCACCACCCCAACGACAGCCUGGAGUGGCGCUGGGAGAGCCUCUUCUCGCGCUCCCUGGCCCGGCUGCCCGGGGAAAGGAAGGAACACAGCCGGGACGGGGACUACCUGCUGGGCAUCAAGAGGCUGCGGCGCCUCUACUGCAACGUGGGCAUCGGCUUUCACAUCCAGGUCUUGCCAGACGGCAAAAUCCACGGGAUCCACAACGAGAAUCGCUACAGUUUGCUUGAGAUCUCUCCCGUGGAAAGAGGAGUGGUGAGCAUCUUUGGUGUUAAAAGUGGACUCUUUGUAGCCAUGAACAGUAAAGGCAAACUCUAUGGAUCUAGCCAUUUCAACGACGAGUGUAAAUUCAAGGAGAUCCUGCUGCCAAACAACUACAACGCUUACGAGUCCCAGGUCUACCAGGGGAUGUACAUCGCCCUGAGCAAAAAUGGGAGAACAAAGAAAGGCAACAAGGUCUCACCCACCAUGACAGUGACACAUUUUCUUCCGAGGAUUUGA